AUGAAAUCCUUCACGACCCUUCAGCAUGUCAAAAUACUAAGGGUCCAAGACGAAGUGGAGCGAGAUCUGCGGCAAUUCAUAGAAAGGCAUGAUAAUCCCCUCGACCCAUUCGUUGUGCUAGACUGGAAACCAGCCUGCGUUCGAGCCGUCCAGACCGUGGGCACCGCCAUCCUGGAGUCAGGCUCCCCCAUAAGCCGUUUUUCUGGGCCACAAAUAAGCCCGCAGGCGGCUCUCAACCUAAGACUCGCACCUGCAGAGCAAAUGUCAGCGUUGGCUGGCAAAUUGACGUGCCUUGAAAUCCAUUUCGACGCCAUUCGAUAUGUGAAUGCGGAAAUGAGGGAACUAUCUGGUGUCUUCCACACGCUUUUCUUAGCGGCGAAGAAUAUGGAGGCUGUGCACUUAGGCUUCCCGUCGCGUCUGCCUCUUGACUUGUCCCUAGAGGACAUAUUCCACAAUGUGUACUGGGAGCGGCUUCGCGCAUUUGGAAUCCAAUCAUGGCGACUUGAUUCGCAUGAAAUCAUCAACUUUGCCCGCCGCCAUCGUAAGACACUACGUGGUCUUCGUCUCCGUGACGUUCUCCUAAAGGAAGGAAGCAUGUGGAAAGACGUGCUCUCGAUGCUGCACGAUGAGAUGGAGCAGCUCGAAUGGGUUAGCCUGCGACGAAUUGACUAUUCAAACGCAUUUGACGAAAAAUGGGCGGCCAGCGCAGACAUAUCCGACAUUCAGUUCUUCCCCAAUUCCGACAGCGAAGCGGAGGAUAUGUUCGAUGUGUACGAGGGCCAAAACGGGCAUACCGACGAUGACAUGAGUAUUGGUGAAGAAUCUGAUGGAUUGAGCGACCACAAUGGGGACGACGGCCCGCGAGCAAAUCAAAUUGAAUUGGCACCCGACACGGCCAUCAACGCACCAAUAUUUCAGUUGCCACCGUCCACAAAUCAAUGGGAGUUGUUGUCUACUGUGUCAGCCGAUGAGUUGGAUGACAAUGGCAUGAACGUGGAAUAUAGACAGCGAAAAAUCUGGGAGGCUUGGGUUAUUUCAAACACAAAGGUCAAAUAA